AUGAAUACUUCGGUUACUUCCAUAAAGCUGGUACUGUUAGGUGAAGCAGCAGUUGGUAAAUCGUCAAUAGUCCUAAGGUUUGUAUCCAACGAUUUCGCGGAAAACAAGGAACCCACUAUUGGCGCAGCAUUUCUUACUCAAAGGGUAACUAUAAAUGAACAUACCGUCAAGUUUGAAAUAUGGGAUACCGCUGGGCAAGAGAGGUUUGCAUCGCUGGCACCCAUGUAUUAUAGAAACGCACAGGCUGCUCUUGUAGUGUAUGACGUGACAAAACCACAAUCCUUUAUCAAGGCGCGCCACUGGGUUAAGGAGUUGCAUGAACAAGCAUCAAAGGAUAUCAUUAUUGCAUUAGUCGGUAAUAAGAUCGAUGUCCUGCAAGAUGGUGGAGAAAGGAAAGUCGCAAAGGAGGAAGGUGAAAAGCUAGCGGAAGAAAAGGGCCUGUUGUUCUUUGAAACAAGUGCAAAGACAGGAGAAAAUGUUAAUAAUGUAUUUUUGGGGAUCGGUGAGAAAAUACCACUGAAGAAAGCUGAAGAACAAAACAAUGCUAAUGAGGGUGAAUCGAAUAAUCAGAGAGUGGACUUAAAUGCCGCUAAUAACGGGACCAGUGCAAACAGUGCCUGCAGUUGUUAG